AUUUGAUAGUAAUGAAAUUAUACAAAAUCCAGCGCGUAAUUUAAUCAGAACUCAAUUACGUCUGCAUCAGUGGACGCUCGAAAAUCACGGGGUCAAGAAAUUGAAGUGACUUUGAAACUCCAAUAAAAUAAAGCAACGCAAGUGACAACGGCAUUUCUGCGUGCACGGCAGUCGGAGUGCCGGCCUUUAGGGUUUUACUAGUUACAUAUAGUUUAUUCUGAAUACACAAAACAUAUACACCCACCAACUCUCCUUACCCUGCCAUCCUGAGACUUGAAGAUGGACCAAAACCUUUCUCAACGAAAAUGGGAGGCUAAGGUCUCCACAAGGCUAGAGAAAGCCAGGGCAGACCAAAUAUGGCCUCUCUUUGAGGACUUUUUUGGGCUUCACAGAUGGUUCCCGAGCCUUGCCACAUGUCAUGGCAUACAUGGUGCUAAUGGUGAACCUGGUUGCAUUCGUUACUGCUCCGGUUUUGGACUCAAACGAGAACAGAAUGCAAACGAGUCAAACCCGGGCCUGAGCUGGUCAAAAGAAAGGCUAGUAGCCCUUAACCGUGCCCAAAUGACAUUUACUUAUGAGAUGGUGGAUUGUAACAUAGGAUUCAAGUCCUACGUUUCUACUAUUAAAGUUAUCCCAGGGGACGGUGGAGCCGUCGUGGAGUGGUGCAUCAGCCUUGAUCCGGUGGCGGGGUGGGAGCUGCGAGAUUUGGUGGCCAAGUAUGAACUGGGGCUGCAGCUUAUGGUGGAGAAGAUGGAGGCUGCCAUCUUUGAGUCUUCUUGAAUUCUAACAAGAAACUUUGUGGGGAAGUGAUAGGAUGAAGACAAAAUCCCGAUAAGUCCUUGUUUUUGUGAAUUUCAUAGCCCCAAGCCCUGUGUACUAAGUAAGCUUUCUUCCCCCACUCCCCCCCAUUUCUCUUUUGUAAAUUGUAAGUGUUCUUAUGAACAAAUUGCUUGUUGGCUA